UAAUAAACCAGCCUGUUUGUGUUGCUACUUGCAGCUCCAAUUUCCCUCAAGUGGCCUAACUACGGCCAAAUCCUUCGCAAAGCCAAGUGUGCUUGUUUUUUUUUUGCACGGCUGUGUGGCGCACUUAGAAAGGGGGGCGUCGAAUGGGUUAAAAAAAAAACAAAUCUCCAGCCAAACGGUACGGUGGAGGUCCGCAAAAAAAGAAACGGACUUUGUCUCCGUUGGGCAAACACGGAUGCUUAAGUUGCAAAAUCUGUAAAUCACGCAAAGCAAUCACUCAGAGCGGGAGAGUCACACGUCGUCCAUCUGUGCCGUCGGCUUUGCUCGGCCAAGGUGAACGUUUGAGAACAGCCGCCAAGGCUGACACGAUGCGAGUGGCCGUGGUGGGCGCGGGAGUCAUCGGACUCUCGUCGGCGCAGGGCGUCUACGAGCGCUGCCGGCACGAGGCUCCCGACCUCCACAUCACCGUCUACGCUGAAGCCUUCUCCCCGCACACCACGGGCGACGGCUCGGCGGGGUUCUGGCAGCCGUACGCCCUGGGCGAGAUGUCUCCCGCUGAAAAGCAAUGGAACAAAGAAACCUUCGACUAUCUCUUGGGUUUGGUCAACUCUCCUGAAGCAAGCGAGAUGGGCCUUUUCCUCCAGUCUGGCUACAACCUGUUUGAAACCCCAGUCCCAGAUCCUGCCUGGAAGGACAUUGUCUUGGGAUUCAGGCACCUCACAGUCGACGAGCUGAAGAUGUUUCCAGGGUGGAGCUACGGGUGGUUUAACACUACAUUAAUGCUGGAAUGCAAAAAAUACCUCCCCUGGCUGAUGAACAAGUUGAAAAGUUAUGGAGUGCAGUUUAUUCAGAAGAAAAUCCACUCAUUUAGUGAGCUGAGUGCAAGCUACGACGUGAUCCUGAACUGCACUGGCGUGUGGGCAGGAGACCUACAGCCUGACCCCCUUCUCCAGCCCGCUCGCGGGCAGCUGAUGAAGGUCUUUGCUCCUUGGAUAAAACAUUUCAUCGUCACCCACGACACAAAUAAGGGCGUGUAUGAAACUCCCUACAUAUUGCCAGGGAGCUCUGGCGUGGUUGCCUUGGGCGGCUGCUUUCAGGUGGGGAACUGGAAUCAAGGCAUCGACAAGAAAGACAGAGCCAAUAUCUGGGAGGGCUGCUGCAACCUCGUGCCAAGCCUGAGCAAAGCUCGCCUCGUGGAAGAAUGGGCUGGACUGCGGCCAGCCAGGCAUGCGAUUCGCCUGGAGCGAGAAAGCCUCAGGCAAGGAGGAGCAAUACAAUCCGAGAUUAUUCACAACUACGGCCACGGUGGCUAUGGGGUGACAAUCCACUGGGGCUGUGCCCUGGAGCUGGUAAACAUCUUUCGUCAGAUAGCACUGGAGAAGAAGCGCGGUCCUCACUCCCAUUUGUGACCGCCUUGGAAUGAUGUCCCGAUCAAAUUGCUGUUGUAUUAUUGAAGAGCAAAUCCACGCUCCGUCCCGAACGUAUGGGACAUUAAUAAAGGCGAGUGAUUAGUCCCGUAAAAUGAUUCAGCAGAGGGAAAAACCUAUGAUUCGUAACCACUUUUCCCUCGCACAACCACACGCCAAUAUAAUGAUGCUGUGCAUCACGACUCACAUCACUAUUGUUGAAUGUAAAGUUGUUUUAGUAUUUAACAAGGUGAUUUUAUUGUAUCACAUUAUUGAUUAAUUUUACGCCUUUGAUGUAUAAAUAAUUAGUUUUGUGAAAAACGCUAAACACUAUUAAUAUGGUCCCAUCACGACCAGUUUGUCAGCAAUAUUACUGUGUGUACAAUUAAAACUUGUGUAAGAUGUAAUAAUAAUAAAAAUACAUUCCAAGGA